AUGUUGUUCUCUACUCUCGUCACUCUGCCCGUCAUCGCGAGCACCGUCUCUGCGCUGGGCUCCAACUACACCGUCCCACCAGACUUCAAUCCCGGCCUCGUCUCCCCCGAGGAGAAGACAAACUGGUGUGACGCCGAAGCAAACACCUGUAACGAUGUCUGCGGUUCUUACAAGGUCAACAGAUGCGAUCCGACGCUCCUAGAGUACUCCUGCGAGUGUCAGAACGGCACCAUCCCACAGAUGGACCUAUACAUCAACUCGCUUCCCUGGUUCAUCUGCCAGGCUACUUUUGGCCAGUGCAUCAAGGCUCAUCCCGACGACGCGGAUGGCCAGCAGGUCUGCAAGGACAACCAGGACAAGUGCGGCAAGCUGAACGCGACUGCCUCCAACGGUGACGGGUCUCAGACUAGCUCUUCCAGCAGCGAGCCCACCGCCUCUUCCACCAGCAGCCCUUCUGCUACUUCGACCGGUUCUACUCCAUCCAAGACCAAUGCCGCUGCUGUCAUGGUGGCUAAGGAUUACUCCCUCGGCAUCUUUGCUACUGUCGUCCUGGGUGUCUUUGGUCUGAUGUUGUAG